AUGGCAUUACAAAAUGAUAUUUAUGAUUGGUGUCGUGAUCAUCGUGUACAUCAUAAAUAUUCUGAUACUGAUGCUGAUCCAUAUAAUGUACGACGUGGUUUCUUUUUUUCACAUAUGGGUUGGUUAUUAGUACGUAAACAUCCUGAAGUUAUUCGAAAAGGUAAAACAAUUGAUUUAUCCGAUUUAUGGUCCGAUCCUGUUGUACGUUUUCAACGACGAUUUUAUAUACCAUUGGUUAUAUUAUUCUGGGGUUUAAUACCAACUUAUAUUUCUCAUUUAAUAACGGAUUUACCAUUAUGGGAAUGUUUUGUUUGUACUGUUAUUGUACGUUAUGUUGUUUCAUUACAUUGUACAUGGACUGUUAAUUCAUUAGCACAUAUGUAUGGUUAUCAAAUGUUUGAUCAAUCAAUUGAACCACGUGAAAAUCGUUUAGUAACAUAUUUAAGUCUUGGUGAAGGUUAUCAUAAUUAUCAUCAUGUUUUUCCAUGGGAUUAUUCGGCAUCUGAAUUAGGAUGGAAUCGUUGUUUUAAUUUAGCAACAUUAUUUAUUGAUUUUUGUGCAUGGUUAGGUUUGGCUAAAAAUCUAAAAAAACCUGAUCGAAAAUUGAUUGAAAAUCGUUUAAAACUAAUUGGAAAAUUUUGA